AUGUCCCUAUUCACUCACGGUGGCAGAAUCGUGCCCAUACUUCAACCCCCCAACACUACCCCGGAGUCCACCUCAUUAGAUCAAAUUCCUCUUCACCUCAAUGCUACUCCUUCCUCCUCCUUCUCUCUGCUGGACCAGCGAGAAGCUUCACCCACCAUGGCUAAACCCAAACCCAUGGACAAGAGCUUAGAGAUGCCCUGCCUAGAAGAACGCGGGCUAUUCGCUCUGCCAACCGAAGGCGACGGCAAUUGCCUCUACUAUUCCCUUUCGGACCAAUUGCAUGGAACCUUCGACCAUGCGAGUGACAUUCGCCACAUCCUCGCGACCCACAUGGCCAACAAUAAAUUGUAUUUCAUGCAGUUUGUAGUUGCUCAAGGUGGUGAACGUCGCCGCCCAAAACGAGCCGCCGCCUCCGCAUAUGCUACGCGUUCCGCCGAUGUAUCGGCUCCGUCUGAUGAAGAUAAGGCGCGUCGGUUCGAGGAAAUGGUGGCAUUAACUCGGAAAAAUGGAGAAUGGGGUAGUUCAGAGCAUUUACAGGCGUUCUGCCAAGUAUUCAAGGUGGACAUCAACGUUUACACCAUGGACGGAGUCCAAGUCUUCCGAGACGUCCACGCCAUGCCCGAUGAUCCCCGUGAUGUCAUUCAUGUGGCGUUCCAUGACUUCAAACACUAUUCCUCAGUACGCGCCGUGAAUGGUUGCCACACGGGACUACUAGCCAAGUCCGUAUGCCUGGAGCCUCAAAAUUCCCCACCGAAGUGGAAUGCCGAAGAGGUGAAAGUAAAAAGUUCGUUAGAUACAACCGAAGCUGAAAAGUCACCCUCCGACAUGAAUUUCCCCCUCUCUAAUGAUCACGAUGCCCUACCCCUUCACAAUCUCUCCACAUCACCCUCCUCUACCUCUAUUUCUUCAUCCGACACCCAACCUACUUCCGUCCACUCCCCCAGUUCUAAGGACUCUGCUCUUGCUCUUGAUGUUUUCCCACCUUGGGACAUCCAAUCCAUUCAAGAUGGGCUCGGCGGUCGAUAUGAUCGAGAAACCAUCGUUGACAUGCUCCAAAAGUGUCGAGGUGACAUCGACCGAGCAUUUUCAGCUCUUCUUGGAGACAAAAACGACAUUGAGAAGAAAUCCGCUGCUCCCAGCCUGAAACCGCGUCUCCAGGCGUCACGCUCAUCGUCCCCAUUUAGCACGGGAAGUAAGCGUUCAGCCGAUGACAGUGAUGACUCAGAAGAUCCCCGACCUGCAACACGACGAGGGCGACCUAAGAAGCGUCUUGUUUCCAAUCUCACGCUGGGCGUGGGUAUCUCAUUCUGUGACGACCAAAAUGAAGUCGUCUCACUUAAUCUCCGAAUGAAAGCAGACGCUGAAAAAGCUAGUCAGGCUGCGAAGGAACAGACUGAGGAAACUGCUUCUGAGACCGACUCCAAGGAAUCAGAGAUAAAUUCCUGGAAAGGACCUCGUCGAAGCGGUCGUCUUUCCAAGUCUCGUCCCGCGCAUCACUGA